GGAGAUAGAAGAUGAGUAGAAUGAGUGGAAGGAAGCAUGAGUAGUGAGGGAAAGUUGGUGUGUGUGACUGGUGCUUCAGGGUACAUUGCUUCAUGGAUUGUGAAGUUCCUUCUUCAACGUGGUUACACCGUCAGAGCCACUGUUCGCAACCCAAAUAAUCUUCGAAAGGUAGAACAUUUGCUUAAACUUGAAGGUGCAGAGGAGAGACUGCACCUGUUAAAGGCCGAUCUUUUGAGUGAAAAUUCCUUUGACUCUAUUGUUGAUGGUUGCGAUGGAGUUUUCCACACUGCUUCUCCCUUUUUCAACAACGUCAAAGACCCACAGGCUGAACUGAUUGACCCUGCAGUGAAAGGAACUCUAAAUGUUCUUAAAUCAUGUGCGAAAUCAUCAUCUGUGAAACGAGUCGUUUUAACCUCUUCAGUGGCUGCUGUUGCAUAUAAUGAAAGGCCUAAAACUCCGGAAGUUGUAGUUGAUGAAACAUGGUUUUCAAAUUCAGAUUAUUGUAGGGAAUUGAAGUUGUGGUACCUACUUUCAAAGACAUUGGCUGAGGAAGCUGCCUGGAAAUUUUCCAAAGAGAACAACCUUGACUUAGUUUCUGUUAACCCAGCAAUGGUUGUCGGGCCACUGUUGCAAGCAGAGCUAAACACUAGUGCUGCUACAAUUUUAAACCUAAUAGAUGGUUCAGAAACUUUUCCAAAUAGUACUUACGGAUGGAUCAAUGUGAAGGAUGUUGCAAACGCUCAUAUCCAGGCUUAUGAGAUUGCUUCUGCAAGUGGAAGAUAUUGUUUAGUUGAGAGAGUGGCACAUUUCUCCGAACUCGCCAAGAUUUUGAAAGAUCUAUACCCAACAUAUCAGAUUCCAGAAAAGUCUGCAGACGAUAAGCCCUAUGUACCAACAUUUCAGGUUUCCAAAGAAAAGGCAAAAUCAUUGGGGCUUGAAUUUAUUCCUUUAGAAGUGAGUCUUAAAGAGACCGUGGAAAGUUUGAAAGAAAAGAACUUUGCCAACUUUUAACUUCUGAUCUCUCUCUAUGAACGAGUGAAGGAUGAUAAUCUCAACUGUGUUUCGUUAUUGAUUCUGGUUUUAAAAUUCCAUGUUUGGAAAUAAAUUAUUGUUAUGAAUGUAACAGUUCUAAUGUGAUUCCUUGCUGGUUUUA